AUGGCUCUCAGUCUCCGGCAGAAGCAGACGAGUAUGAUCUCUCCUCCUCGUCUCCCAUCUUGCCUCGCCCCCUGUCGGAACGGAAGAUCCGUCCGGUGUCUAGAAUUCUGACUCGUGUUUGUUCCUCCAUCAGGUUGCAUCGUGAGGAUGCUGAACCUCAACCAACCGCCGAAUGCUGGCGGCGUGGGCGGCGCCAACGAAGAGGCGUACAAGAUCUUGAUCCUGGACCGUUUCUGCCGGGACGUACUCUCGCCGUUGAUCCACGUCAAGGACCUCCGCAAGCACGGGAUCACACUCUACUUCGUGAUAGACAAGGAGCGGCAGGCGGUUCCAGGCGUCCCCGCGAUCUACUUCGUGCAGCCGACUCCUGCAAAUGUCGCCCGGAUCGCCGCCGAUGCCUCCCGGGGGCUGUACGAGAGCUUCCACUUGAACUUCUCGUCAUCUGUUCCGCGUCCACUCCUGGAGGAUCUCGCGGCCGGUGUUCUCAAAUCGGAGUCUGCUCACAGGAUCGCCAAGUUAUUUGACCAGUACCUGGAAUUCGUGACUUUAGAGGACAAUCUCUUCUCUCUGGCACAGCGGGACGCGUACAUUCAGCUCAACGAUCCAUCUGCAGGUGACCGCGAGAUUGAGGGCAUCGUAGAAAGGAUUGCCGCGGGACUGUUCUGUGUUCUGACGACGCUCGGGGUCGUGCCUGUGAUCCGAUGUGCCCGUGGUGGCCCGGCGGAAAUGGUGGCGUCUGCUCUCGAUUCGCGACUUCGUGACCAUUUGAUUGUCAAGAACAAUCUCUUCUCCGAGGGAGGAAACCUUGGCAGCACCUUCCAACGUCCAGUUCUCUGCCUUUUUGACAGGAAUUUCGAACUUGCAGUUGGGAUCCAGCACGAUUGGAGUUAUAGGGCUCUUGUUCAUGAUGUUCUUGGGCUGAAGCUCAACAGGCUUACCGUGCAGGGAGAGAAAUCGGCUACCAAAUCGUACGAGUUGGACGAUUCUGAUCAGUUCUGGAUCUCAAACAGCUGGUCACCCUUUCCAAAGGUUGCCGAGGAGAUUGAGACCCAAUUGGGGAAGUACAAGCUAGAUGUGGAUGAGGUCAACCGAAGGACUGGUGGAAAAGAUGGAGCCGAGUUUGAUGGCACAGACCUUAUCGGGAACACCAAACACCUGAUGAAUGCUGUGAACUCUCUUCCUGAGCUGACUGAGCGUAAGAAGAUGAUUGACAAGCAUACAAACAUUGCCACUGUUCUGUUGGGUGAGAUUAAGGAGAGGUCACUGGAUUCCUACUGCACACUGGAGGAUGAUAUGUUAACGAAAGGGAGUAUUGACAAGAGUGCCUUGGUUAGUCUUCUAAAGGGGAAAGGAACAAAGCCCGACAAGCUCCGGCUUGCUAUAACUUACCUCCUUGCCAUGGAAACCACACCACAAUCAGAAGUGGAACAAAUAGAAGAAGCUUUGCUGGCAUCUGAGGUUGACCUUUGCGCUUUUCAGUACGUAAAAAAGAUCAAGUCACUGAACGCAUCUUUUGCUUCCUCUGCAACAGCAUCAAGCCGGAGCAACAUUGUUGAUUGGGCUGAGAAGCUUUAUGGGCAAUCACUCAGCGCUGUUACUGCAGGAGUGAAGAAUCUCUUGUCCGGUGAGCGGCAGUUGGCUCUGACGAGGACGGUAGAAGCAUUGAUGGAAGGGAAGCCAAACCCUGAGAUUGAGUCUUACCUUUCAUUUGAUCCCCGUUCUCCAAGGUCCGCAUCUGUCUCCCAUUUGAAGGGGCCAUUCAAGGAGGCCAUUGUUUUCAUGAUAGGGGGUGGGAAUUAUGUCGAGUACAGGAGCUUGAUGGAGUUUGCGCAGCGUGUUCAACCAGUUAAGCAUGUCAUAUAUGGGACCACGGAGGUCCUCAAUGGGUCAGAGUUUGUCGAGCAGCUGACAAUAUUGGGGCAGAAGACAGGAUAUGGGAAUACAAAUGCCAAACCGAACUGA